AUGUUUUCCGCACUCCGAGCGUUGUCUCGGCCGUCGCCAUCGACAUGGGCGCCGCUCUUGACGCGGACGCUGGCCAACCAACAAGCCCCUAGACGGGCUCUUCUGCCAACACCGACCGUAGCAGCGGCUUUCCAACAGCGCUGUGCCUUCCACGCUACACCGUCGGCAUGGAGGACAAUGAACCAGUCCAUGCGCAAUAAACGCAAGCCCAAGAAGUCUCUCGAAUCAAAGUCACCACUUCUGGAGAACUGUCCCCAGAGAAAGGGCGUCGUCACAAGGCUCAUCAUCGCCAAACCCAAGAAGCCCAACUCGGCCAAACGAAAAGUCGCUCGUGUCAAGCUGACCACUGGCAAAUCUCUCAUGGCUUACAUUCAAGGUGAAGGACACAACUUGCAGGAACACAGUGUCGUCUUGGUUCGUGGUGGACGAACGAAGGAUUUGCCCGGUGUGGGUUAUAAGCUUGUUCGUGGUGCCCUCGACUUUGCAGGUGUCGUUGGCCGUGCUACCUCGCGUAGUAAAUAUGGUGUUAAGAAACCCAAGAAAUAA